AUGCCUGUUCUACGUGGCCUAGCCGGUUUUGUUCCCGGCGUGGGUCGGGAUGUGGAGGCCAAUGUGACUCCAGGGGAGUUCUUUGAGGGCUGGCACAAGGGAGGAAGAAGGGGGAGGUCGCUACCGCGGCUGCGGGUUUCGACGUCAUCACAUUUGCCGGGGGGGCAUGGAGCUGGAGUCUGGGGCUCCCGCAAUGGCUCACCGGAACGAUCCCGCUUCGGUGGUGGUUUCGGAGCCGCCUCAGCAGCCGGCGGCGGCCUGGCCCUGAUGCCCACCCAGCCCGACUUGCUUUCCGACGCUCAGCGCUGGGUCGCCAACUGGCCUGAUGCAGUGGGUCAGACCAACUUGCUGUCCGCGUUUCAUGUGGCUGAGCAACACGCGGCGGCGGAUUGCUGGUACAUUCUGUCGGAUGGCUUGGCACACGACCAGCAGGCGUGCCUGGAGUACUUGGCGCGCAGGAGCGAGGCGGGGUGUUUGCCGGUUAUACAUGCCGUGGUGCUGGGGCGGGCAACAAGACGAAGGGGCGCGGGUAUGCGGCCUAAUGAAGGACAGGCAGGCAGGCAGGGCCUAGGGGUGGUGCCCCUCAUGGGGGCUCCCCACAGCGGCAUCGUGGGGCCCAAGGGUGUGUAUUGGCAUGACACACGGGGUCAUAGGCGGGCAUGGAGGGCGGCACAACGGCAGGACUGGGAGGAUGCCAAGGCCACCCUGGAGCGACAGCGAUCCGAACAGCUCGCCGCCACCCGCGGCUCGCCGUACAGCACUCCCGGCAAGCCGCCCCUGCCGUUUGUCUCAAUGAUCAGCGGCGGCGGCGGUAUCGGCUCGCGGCCCACCUCCGCUACCGCCUACGCGGCGCUGCCAAAGAAUAAGGAGGGUAGCGGUCUAAUUAGGAUUGCCUAUGAGCCGUCAGAGCAACGGGCGGCGUGCGCCGCCGCGGAGUACGACGCCGCCAUGGGGUUGGAACGCCUGGCGGAAAAGCUGUCGUCGCCGCUGCACACGCCGCCGGGGUCCAGGCCGGUGUCGGCGCUUUCCUCGGGCGCCCUGUACGGCAGCGGCUCACGGCCGGUGAGCGGCCUCAAAGCGGCUGCGUCUGGCGGCGGCAGCGGCGCCGCUGCCGGCGCUGGCGGCGGCGACGGGUCAAUGGAGACUGGGGGCGGCGCAUCGGAGUACUUGGAGGCUAUUACGGAAGACCUGGCGGAGGCGUCGGCGCCGCUAGAUGCCUUGUACGGCACUGCCGGCGCUGGCGCGGCCGCCGCCGGCUCGAGGAUCAGCUCCACCGACGUCCUCGACGACGACGGCUUGGAUGUACGACCAUCUAGGGGACGCAGCGGCGGGCGUGACCAGGACAGCGCUGUCGGCAGCUCGGCGUCGGCGCCGCCGCCGCUGCCGCUAUCGCUUGCAUCAUCAUCCGCAGCGAGCGCGGCGCCGUCGCCCCGGCCAGUCAGCGCCCGCGGCGCGAGUGCCGGCAACAGCGCCAGGGUGACGUCAGCGCGUUCGUCGGCGGGGCGAAAGGCGACAGGCCUCGGGAUGCUGCCUGAGGGGGCGCCGCUACCCCCAGAGGGGCCGCCGCCGCUGCCGGAGCCGUCAGCGCCGCUGCAGCCGCUGCGCGGCGAAAAGAGCGACGAAUUCAAGCAGCAUGUUGCACUGCAGUUUGCCCUCCUGCUCAUUUCUCCUGGUAGCGUUGCGUUGCUGUCUGUGCUCCCACACGAUCAUUGA